UAUAACUCGGAAGCUAUGAUGUGUCAGUUCAGUUCACUACUCCGAUCGCACGAUGCACGGAAAGACUAAAAACUAAAAUGUUUGGUGCAGUUUGGUUCGUCCUUUCUUAAGAAUUAUUUAGUGAGUUUUUGCCGAUGGCAAUAUGAGAGACUAUGAUGAAAUAACAGCAUUCCUAGGAGAAUGGGGACCUUUUCAACGUGUAAUUUUUUUUCUCUUGAGCCUCAGCAUAAUUCCCAACGGUUUUACGGGUCUCUCCAUUGUGUUUGUGGGGGACACCCCGGCUCAUACGUGCCUGAUACCCCAAAGUGCCAACAUUAGCGCUGAAUGGAGAAACGUCAGUAUUCCCGUGGAAAAGAUCAACGGGGAAACACAGUACAGUAAAUGCCGGAGGUAUAAACUGGACGUCAUAAAAAAUUUUUCCGACCAGAAGUUGAUACCGGGUGUUGAUGUCCAUGUUACGGAAAUACAACAAGAGAGCUGUAAGGAUGGCUGGGAGUAUAACCGAGAUACAUACACAUCCACCAUUGUAACCGAGUGGGACCUUGUCUGUGAAAAUGAAUGGAAAGGCCCUCUGACAUCCUCCAUCUUAUUCUUUGGCGUACUAACUGGAACAUUUGUGUCUGGGCAGCUGUCUGACAGGUUUGGAAGGAAACUAAUUCUGUUUGCUACAAUGGGAGUUCAGACUCUUUCCAGCCUUAUCCUGGUCUUCUCUCCAUCAUGGGUUGUGUUCUGCUUGUUGUUUUUCAUUGUGGGGAUGGGACACAUCUCCAACUAUGUGGCAGCAUUUGUACUGGGAACAGAGAUAUUAAGCAAAUCCAUUCGUAUUAUUUAUUCCACUCUGGGAGUGUGCGUUUUCUUUGCAUUUGGAUACAUGGCAUUGCCUUUGUUGGCAUUUUUUAUAAGAGGCUGGAGGAUGCUGCUGUUGGCCUUAACUUUGCCUGGGCUACUCUACAUUCCUCUGUGGUGGUUCAUUCCUGAGUCUCCACGGUGGCUGCUGUCUCAGGGCAGAGUGGAGGAAGCUGAAGCCAUACUGAGAAAGGCUGCCAGAAUGAACAGGAUCACUGCACCAGAUGCCAUAUUCCAUCCUAUUCAGGCUAAUGAAACGACUUCUGAAAAAGCUCGCCCUCACAAUGUCUUUGAUCUUCUGAGGACCAGUAACAUCUGCUGCGUCACUGUUGUGUUGUGUCUUGUGUGGAUGAUACUAUCUAUGGGAUACUUUGCCUUAUCACUGAACACUUCCAACUUGCAUGGAAACCCCUAUCUCAACUGCUUUUUCUCUGCGGCCAUUGAAGUCCCAGCAUAUUCUGCUGCUUGGCUGCUCCUCCGGUUCUGUUCUAGGCGAUUAUGCCUUUUCUUCACACUUUCCUUAGGAGGAGGAGUGCUUCUUUUCAUUCACCUUAUACCACAAAAUUUAAUUUCCUUAGCAAUCGCUCUAGAGAUGCUGGGGAAGUUUGGAAUGACAUCUGCAUUUUCCAUAGUUUAUGCGUUCACAGCCGAGCUGUACCCCACAGUGGUGAGGAACAUGGCUGUGGGAGCUUGUUCCAUGUUUUCCAGAAUAGGGAGCAUCAUUGCUCCCUACUUCACCUACAUGGGAUCUCAUGACAAGUUUUUGCCUUACAUUCUGAUGGGAAGUCUGACAGUUUUCUCAGGGGUACUGGCCCUUCUGUUACCUGAAAGUUUUGGAAUGCCUCUCCCUGACACCAUUGUACAAAUGCAGAAAAUAACAUGGUGUAAGAGGACAAAAACGUCUUAUAAUCUUAACGAUAGAGUUGAAGUGGAACCAAAUAAUUCUGCUGUUUUCGAAACUGAGACACUGUGAUGGGAUCCUUUUGGAACUUUGAAUCCUUGGGACAAACCAAGUCCAAGUCUAUACAUUAUACACAGUGCCAUGAGCACAAUUCAGGGAAAACAUGUUCUGAUACACUUGACUGUACUGACCAUAUAGUAUAAAAGUUUUGUUGUAUUCUACUCAGAAAUAUGGAGAGACAGGCACAUAAUAACAGUUUAAUAUUUUAUUGAAUCCAAGAUAUUAUACUUUGUGCUGCACUGAAUAGACAGUUCAUGACAAUUAAGCUAAUAUCUGACAAGGAAAGAAAUUAAUAUUUUAGCCCUUCAUUGAAGCCUUACCUCUAAAGCAGUACAAGUUUUGCCAGUAACCAAUUUAUGGUGAUUUGGAAUCACCAUAAAUCAGUGAUCUGGAAUAUUUGAUAUAACUUCAUGUUGGUUUUAGAGCUUAUACGGUAUCUUAAAUGUGUCACAAUCAAAAAGAAAAAUUGCCUCAAACGUGACUUUGUCUACCUCAGAAUAAGGAUUACAUUAUGAUGAAGUCUUAGUGCUUUAAGUAUUUGGGAAGUACGCCACUGAAUGUGUCUGAAACAUUUUGAGGUCGGCAGUUCCAAACAGUAAUGUUAACACCUACCUCAUUCUGCGUACGAAUUUAAAUAUUCUGCAUAAUUUUAAAUAAUUUUAAAUGAAUUAUUUAAAUCAGCAGUAAAGAAGACAUUUUCAUAAUAGGGGGUGAUUUGUCUGAACACAAAUGCAAGAGAAAUGCUGCUGUGAAAAAUGACGAAGUGCCGUCAAACAAGAACAGAAGUGUUUCAGAAGAAAACUAUCCACCUACUGAAUAAACUUCUUUCCAUACAUUUUGCACAUCUUGUUGAUGUGUUCUUAGCUGAUCUCUGUUUUCAUACUAAUAGUAAAAGAAAUGUAAUGCUUCAUGUUAUAGUAUGGAAUUUAAUCCACUUUGUGUAGCUAUGUUUUUGAAAAAAAUAGUUGAAAAAAUGUAAUUAAUUUAUUAAAUAAAUUGAGACAUUA